CAAGGCAGCAUGGCGGGGAAAAAGCGUGGGAAUACUCGGGGAGAGCAAGGCUCCCAUUCGGAGUUUAAGUACCUGGUGGACUCUGAGGAGGAAGGAGAAGAAAUAUUUCUGGAGAAGGACUUUGACACAGUUGACUCUUUCUGGAGUCUCCCAAGCUACAAGACAAUGGCAGCUAUAGGUGUUGGGAUUAUAUUGCUCUGCUUGCUGGCAGCUGGUUUUGCUUAUCUGUCUGGAAAAUCAGGAUGUACACUAGUAGAUGUAUCAACAUCAUGUGGAAAGGUUCGUGGUCAUCAUUGUGAUCAUGUUUAUAUGUUUAAAGGGAUUCCUUAUGCCAGUCCCCCCACUGGGCCAUUGCGUUGGAGGCCUCCUGUGGAGCCCACCUGCUGGAAUGACACUCUCAGUGCCACAGAGUUCAAGCCCAUGUGUGCCCAAGUGAGGCCUUUGAAUGCCACAGGCACAGUGAUGGGCUCAGAAGAUUGCCUGUACGUUAAUGUGUGGACACCAUCACUGGAUCUUGAAGCCAAACUUCCAGUCAUGGUUUGGAUCCACGGAGGCUACCUUUUAAUUGCCAGUGGGUCAGAGCCUGGCUAUUGUCCAAAUGAAGAUCUGGUAAUGCACAGCCAUAUGGUUCAUGUCAGCUUUAACUACCGUCUUAAUGCAUUUGGAUUCCUGGCUUUGGCUGAACUCCGAGAAGGAUCUCCCACCAACACCUCUGGAAAUUAUGGAUUAAUGGAUCAGUUGGCUGCUCUAAAAUGGGUACAGAAGAACAUCCAAUAUUUUGGCGGUGACCCAAACAAGGUGACAAUUUAUGGCCAAAGCUCAGGAGGAACUUCAGUCUGGACUAUGAUGGUGUCCCCUUUGGCCAAGGGUCUUUUUCAUCGAGCCAUUGAUAUCAGUGGAUCAUCUGAGUUUGAGGCCACCAUGGCUGAGGCAGAAAAGGACAACCUGGUUUUCCUGAAGAAGACCGGAUGCAAAGAUGCAGAGUGUUUGAGGCAGCUGAACAUAACCAAGAUCCUUCAAUCAAUCCCUUGGGAGGAAUACCCAGAAUGGGCAGCAGAAGACCUGUGUGACUUGCCACAAAAGGGAAAAUUUGUUGGUCCAUUGACUGUAGUAGACGGAUAUGUGGUGCCAUCUCCCCCACUGGAUAUAUGGAAGAAGAAGAAGAAGGAAGGCUACAGUGAUGUGCCAUAUGUGAUUGGUACCACCCUGCAAGAAACAGAGUUUGCCCCGUUCUUUGCCAACCUGUCCAAGUGGACUGAGGAGGAUUAUCGCUGGUUUGUAAAAUUACGUCUGAACACAUUUGGGGCAAGUCUGGCAGACGAAGCUCUGAAUCUCUAUCGCACCUUGGAGUUCUGCACCCAACCUGAGAGAUGUGUGGAGAAGACUUACAUGACUAUGGUGUCCGACCUGAGAGCCUCCUGUCCCAACAACGAGUUGGCCAAACAAGCAGCAGCUGCAUUGUCCAGCCCCGUCUACCGCUAUCAGGUCACCUACAAUCCAUCUCGGCCAGUUAGAGUCAAUAACCUCUUCUCCUAUGAGAGCUGGUUCUCUUUUCAUAUGCUGGAUACUCUGGGAUUUUUUGGAACUCUGGAUUACUCUCUUGGAGAGACCACAGAAGCCGAUCGGGACUUUCAAAGGCUGAUCAGAAAACACUUUAUUUACUUUGCUAAAGAAGGACGCAUGCUGCCUGAAUGGCCGGAGUACCCCAAUGGAACGGCACUAUUGUCCACAUCUCUGUCCGUGGAGAAAGACUAUCGCUCAGCUCAGUGUGCACUCUGGGAGAAGUAUAACAUGUUUCCAUACGCCUGGAGAAACUGAAAAAAA